CAGCAUUGUGAGUUGACGUAGUUUGGUUGUGUUUGCUAAACAUUUGGAUUAUUAUUUCCAGAAUAUGAUCCUGUGCAGGUUCUCUGUUGUUCGGCAAUAAUAAAUUUCGGAGUAUUUAGAGUUCUGACUGUUAUUUCGUUUUAAUACUUUUUAUAAUGAAUCGAAGUGAAGGAUUAGUUCAACGGAGAAAUGUAAUUCGUGAUAGCGGAGGUGCUAAAGAUUUUCACAAUGUUGAAGAUAAAUCCAGUGACAGGGAUGAGGAAAAUGAUGAUGGAGAUUCUAAAGAAACAAGAUUAACAUUGAUGGAAGAAGUUUUAUUGUUAGGAUUGAAAGAUAAAGAGGGUUAUACAUCAUUCUGGAAUGAUUGCAUAUCUAGUGGUCUCAGAGGAUGUAUUCUGAUUGAAUUGGGACUACGUGGCAGAAUUGAACUUGAAAAAGCUGGUAUGAAGAGAAAAUCUUUGUUAAACCGUAAAGUUAUUGUCAAAAAUGAUACUCCAACUGGUGAUGUAUUGCUUGAUGAAGCUUUAAAACAUAUGAAAGAAACGGAUCCUCCUGAAAAUGUGCAGAGCUGGAUAGAAUAUCUUAGUGGAGAGACAUGGAAUCCAUUGAAGUUAAGAUAUCAACUCAAAAAUGUACGAGAGAGGCUUGCAAAAAACUUGGUAGAGAAGGGUGUUUUAACUACUGAAAAACAAAACUUCCUGUUAUUCGAUAUGACAACUCACCCAUUAACAGACAAUCUUGCAAAAUCUCGUUUAGUAAAAAAGGUCCAGGAAGCAGUUUUGUCAAAGUGGGUUAAUGAUCCCCAGAGGAUGGAUAAAAGACUUCUUUCACUUCUGGUUCUUGCUCAUGCUUCAGAUGUUCUAGAAAAUGCUUUUGCCCCAUUAAAUGAUGAUGACUAUGAAUUAGCUAUGAAGCGGAUUAGAGAAUUAGUCGAUAUGGAUCUUGAGGCUGAAUCUGGAAGAGGAACUUCAACAGAAGUAUAUUGGGCUGUAUUUGCUUCUUUUACAAAGUAAGAAAGGAUAUUCAUUGGUAAAGCUAUCCAGAUCAUCAUUGUUAAAUUUUACUGUUUUAAAUUAAGACCUAGGAUAGCUAUACAGUUGUACCCACAGUUAAUUAUUGAAGAUAUGUGCCAUAUUGAAGAAAAGAGUUUUGGCCAAGAGUGAGCAACAAUGAUGCUGAGGAAAAAAUAAAAUAAGCAUUCUGUGAACUAAAACUAUAGUAAUUAAUUAAACAAAAACAACUUUUUGUCUGUUGAUUAAUGAACUAUAUUGUGCGUAUGUAUGUGUUUGUGUGUAGCACACUUGUGCUGUAUAUAGCACUUGUAUAAAUAUACAGCAUUAACACAUGCAUACACCAAUACAUAAAUAGUAAUGUAAAUAAAUAUAUAUAUUUUUUUUUCAGAGUUUUAUAUAAUGGUACUUUUACAAGAAAUGAUUUCUUUAAUCACAUUUCGUUUGUUUAAAAAAAUUUGUCAUAUUUGAAUUUUUAAAAGACUUCUCAAAGUAAUUUUCAAAAGUAUGGAGUUUUUUUAGACAAUUAAAAUUAUUUUUGGAAUUUUCAGUAUAUUUUUUAUACCAUAUUUUAAUGUGAAGAGAGAGAGUGAUAUAUAUAAUUUUUUUUAAAGUUAAUUUUUUAUUCCUUUGAAUAUACUCAUGGUCAGGAAAUAUAUUUAGAUGAAUGCAGCUUUUCUUUGAAUUCUUAUUUGGAUGUGACAUUGUUAAAAUCUUAAUGUUAAACAGAUUUUUUUCAUUUAUCAACGCAAAUCACUUAAAUUACUAAUAUCACAAUAAGUGAAAAAUGCUUCAAAUUUCAUUAUGGGGGUUAUGAGUAAUUGUGACAUGAUAUGUGUGUGUAUGAUAUUAUAUAUAUAUCUGUGUGUAUGUAUUAAUUACAUAUAUUUGUCUGUAAUUACUUUUGCAGAAUUUCAUUUGUUGUAUUCUAUUUGAAUGCUGAUGAAUUUUCAAAAUUUUUGGUAUUUUACUGAUCAUAAAAUAAAUAAGUAAUGUUAUAAUUAUCUUCAUUUUUUAUCAUAAGGUUGGAAUUGGACAUUAUUAUUGUCAGACACUUGUGUUUUUACUGAUCUUAAAAUUCAUUAUCUUAUGGUUAGAUUUAUUUUUAUUUUAUAUUGGAAUUAGGGCUGUAUGAUUCCAUUAUUGUUCAUUUAUUAUAAAAUAUAAUUGUAAGAAUGUUAAUAUUUUUCUUGAAGAGACUAUAUUUGAGAGAGUGAUAAUUAAUUGAAAAGGCUAUCUACGUGUGCAUUGUGUGCCUAAUUUAUUUCAAUUAAAAUAAAAUCAAAGUUAAUUUAUACCAAUAUUAAUUGGAUUUUUUUAAACUAUUUUUUAGUUAAUUGGUAGUAGAGGGGAGGGAAAUUGCUGGUUCCAAUUUUUCUAGAGCAGUUGAAAAACUUCUCUUGUCUUUGGUAGCCUCAUAUGAUUUUGUUUCUUUAUCUCUCAAUCAUGUUAGAGAUAUAUUUUCAAUUUUUAGGGUAUUAUUUGAUGCUUUUAUAUGUUAGUAAUGGCUGAUUUUCAAUUAUUUUAAGUUGAUUUCCUUUUGUGGUUUGAGUAGUAAAAUGGAAUUAUCCAUUUUUCCUUGUGUUUUUUUAUUUUAUUUUUUUGUCUUUUUUUAGUUCUUUAAUACUGUCAAUUUCUGUAAUCUGGUGUUCUGCUUUUCUUUGUUUACUAUUACCUUUUCUAAAAAAUGGAGUUUGGUUUUUCACAUUUCAUUGUUUAAUUGGUGAUUUAAUAACUUAAAUGAAAGAAUAUACAUGAUAGUUAUGGUUAUCAUACAACUAAACAUAAGUUACCACAAUUGAGGAUAAUGUGAUGAAAGUUACAAAUGGAUAUAUCUUGGUUGAAUCUUAUUCAAGGUUUGUGUGUAUUUGUUUAUUGCGAGGUAAGUUGUGUUAACUUUACUUUGAUUUGUAAUAUCAUUCAUUACACAGCAUGUGUAAAUGUUAGAUUUGUAAAAAAUAACCAUUGCUUUUAUAUUUAAUUAUUUUAUAGAAUAUUUAAAAGAAAUAUUAUGUAUAUAUAAGGUAAGAUUCAAGAUCCUACUAGAGGAUUUCUGAUUAGGUUGAAUUGUCUUUAUUAACUCAAUAGUUAAUAUUUCGUUCAACUCAUCUUUUUAUCCAGAAGUGGCGUUAUGAUUAAUUAUAUGUUGUAUCUAUAGUUUUUUGUUGUAUUGAAAUUUAUUGCUCUGAGGAUUUUAUUAAUUUGAUGGCAUUGUCUAUAAUCAGAUGUUAAAUUUUAUUAUUUUUUGAAAAUGUGAAAUUAAAUUACAUUAGGUUUAAAAAAAUAUGUAAUUUUUAAAAAAUGAUUCUUGAAUUUUUCUUUAAGGGUUUAAUGUUUUCAGUCGCCUAUUUCUGUAUAAUUGCCACUAGUUGAAUUUUUUUUCUGUCUAUGUCAGUUUAUCUUGAUUAGAUUAAAAUAUGCCUAUUAGUUUAUCAUAUUUUUAUUUUUUUUCUUAACUGUUAUAAACUGGGUGAAUUUCUCAGAUCUAACUUAAGUUACUAAAAGUGUGUUAUGCUUUAGGAUAUGUGUAUAAGAACUGCUUUGUAUUGAUUAAAAUCUAUAUACUUAAUCAGUUUCAACUUUAUGAUGAAUCACUGCCUUAUCAAUUUUAAAAAUAUUUUCAUUAACCUUAUUUGUAGUUUAUCUGAAAUUCCUUAUUCAUUUAUACUUAGAAUGAACGGUUAAGUUAUUUCUUAUAUCUGAAGUUUCGCCCAUUUUUCUAAAGAACUGCCAUUAUAAUAAGUCUUAAUAACUCUAUGUUUUAGUGUUUUUCAUAAGACCCUGCAUUAUUUGUUUUUUGAUCAUCUAAUUUGGCUCUGGUUAUAUGCUGCAAUCUUGGUAAGCUUUAUUUUGUUAAAUUAUUGCUGAAGAGUUCACAAAAAAAAAAUUGUUUAAAGUUUACUAAUCUUAAAAUUGGUUAUUGCACUUAUUUUUUUUAUUAUUGUUUUUUUUCAGAAUUCUUAUUGUAAAAAUAUUGAUACACAUAUCAUUUUAGAAUAUUUUUAAUCUUGACAUCAGUUAAAAAGACUUGAUGUCAGAUAGAGUAACUCACUGAAAAGUUUUCAAUGAUUGUCUCUUAAUAGUCCUAUAAAAAGAUUUUAAAAUGAAUUUGAAAUUUUUUGCUAAAAAUCUUUUGAAAUCUAUAGAAAGAGUCUCGCCUGUGAUACCAUCGGAAUGAAUGCUCAUUUUUUAUGUUAAUCCCAAUUUUUUGGAAUAAACGAAAAAAUAUUCAGUACUCAAAAUAAUGAUUUUUUAUUUAUCUUACGGAAAUCGGCUAUUCCAUUCAGUAUUAUUAAUAUUAUUUUGGGUUUGUAUUGAUUUGUAACAAUUUUGUCUUGAUUUUUUCUGAAUUUUCAUUUUUGAUGAAGAAAAUUGCGUUGAGCUCAAUUAAAAUUUCAAUAAGGGUUAUUAAUUUAAGUAUGCUUUUGUGUUACUACUAUUUUAUUUUAUUGAUUAACUCAAUAGUUUUUUUUAAUUUAAUUUAGUUAUUUCAUAAAAUUCAAGUAGGCUGUAGUUGUCAUGUAUCAGCUCUUGAAAUAAACAUAAAUGAAAAAGAUAGUACUAAAUUUUAUAUUAACUAAAUUCAUUAAUGUUUAUCUAGUUAUAUUUUUAACUAUGUAGACAUUUUUCAAAUGAUAAUGUUAAACUUUAAUAAAUAAUUUUUAUUAUGAGCAUUGCACAAUAAAUUAUAGUGAAAUAAAAAUACUUCUUACUGUAUACAUAAUUAAAAGCUGUGUUAUAUUACUAACAUAAAUUUUAUGAUCAAUAUCUACUUGACAAAUUUUACUUUUGAUUAAUAAAAUAUUUUAAAAUCUCUUCCUUUCUUAUAUUGAGAAUAUCUGUGAAUAUUUAUUUGGUAUUUAUAUAUGCUAGUAUUUAUGAGAAUCAUAUUUUAUUUGUGAUAGUGGGUUUUAGGUACAGAGUUACUAGGAUAAUAUCUCAGUAUUAGUUAAGGAAGAGAAAAAAUUAACUAUUAAAAUAAACUUUGAGAUUGUUACUUUAAUUGAGUUUUAUUGCUUAAUUGUUUUAAGUUUUAUUCUGACCAUUUUUAGUAUUAUGAAUUUGAUUCAAUUAUUUACUUAUUUAACACACAGGUUCGUCUGAAGACCAAAAUAGUAGAUUGUAUAAAAUCCCUCAGAUAAGGUUUUAAACUACUUGAAUUGCGAUAAAUGCAAAAUAUUUUUAUAGAGGUUCCCACUAAGUUCUGAAUAUUUCUAUCUUUUGAUGGUCACCUUACCGACUGCUUUUCUUUUCACACUGCACUUACAAAACAUAUUUGCAACUACUUAACAUUAUGUUUCCCUGUUUUUGUUUCUAUUACUUGCGCUAAAUAUUUAAUUAUUGACUAAAAUGUAAAUAUUAUUUGAAAUAAUCUGUAAUUAAUAUUAAUUCCCUGCCUCAGUCACUAGCAAAGAAUAAGGUUAUUUAAGCUUAACAAUCCCCAAUCAGAAACGAGGGAUAAAAACAGAACCUUAUUUUUUUUCCAUAUGUUUGUUUUGAAAUUUAUUUAAAUUGCUGUCAAAUAACUGGAGUUACACCUGGGAACCCUAAUAAUAGUGUGAGAAACGUUAACAAGACAAUGUUUAUUAGUUAACCAGCUAGCAUACUUCUUAGAGGUGGCUUAAUUAAUAUGAACAGUUGGCGCGGUGAACACCUGAAGUGAUAUUCAGAUCCCAAUGGAAGCUUUUACUAUCAAGGUGCAUUUUUAAAGAACAUUUUAACAUUAAUCAUGUUUAUCAUUUUUGUUUUAAAUUUAUUUUGUCUCUUAAAAAUCGUUGGUUAUUUUUUGUUGUAUAAUUAGUCUCUGAUUGUUAUAUUAAAUAUUUGAAUGAAUUGCUCAAAUUUUGAGGACUUAAGAACCAUUUAAAUUAAAAUCCUUGGUAUGUCUUUUUUUUUUUUAUGUCCCUUCUUUGUUCAGCUCUUGAUAAAUAGCUGGUUAAUAAAUUUAAUAGUAUAUAAGAUAAAACAUUUUUGAUUUAGACUUAAAUGCAAUGAGCACUCUUAUUUAACAUUUUUAAAAGAUUAAAACAAAAGCAUGUAGUAUAACCUCAGAUUAAUAACGAAACCUUACAUUGAAAGCUUAGAGCCUAUUGUGGAAAAAGUUGAAGCAUAGCUUUAAUGUGGAUAUUACUGAUUUUAAACCUAACUUACUAAUUGUUCUUUAUGAGAUGUAGGAAAUAAUUAUUUAGAUUUAAUUUAAUUUAGUCUGAAAAAUAGAGAUGUAUUUUUUUUUCAUCCAAAUGUUUACAUCUAAACUCUCUCUCUAUAUAUAUUUUCUCUCAAUGUGUGAAUCUAUAAAUAUUUAUUUAUAGCCACACUCAUACAUACCUGCAUUGCAUACAUGCAGUAAUUAUUGUAAUAUAUGAUUUUGUACAGACAAAUAUAGCUUAUAUAUCAGUAUGUGUGUGUGAUGUAUACAAACACACAUGCAUACAUAUACAUAUUAUAUCACGUACAUGUAUAUUAAAAUAAAUUCUCACGAUUAUGUGUAUAUUUAUGUUGAUGAGUUAUAAUUUAGAAUAUAAGAAGGUGAUACUAAUUGAAUAUAGAAGAAUGAAAUGAAGUGAUAUGUUUAUAUAGUGUAUCUCGAAUUCCUUAAAUAUUUUUUUGUAUAUAUGAAUUGUUUUUGUAAUGUUAAAAAAUGUAAAAACGUGUAAAUUAUGACAAGGUAUUAUGAAUACUAUAUAU